AAAAUUAAAGAAGGACUGAAUAGGGAAUUCAGGGAAUGGAGUACAUUAGUCGCACAAUUGACAACCAUUUCUGAACCCUCAUUAAGUCCAAAACGAUCCAGGAAGAUUAAGAUGUUCACUACACUAGAAAGAAUUCAAGAUACUGAAACUUCCGAAGAGAAAAAUAAAGCCACAAGUUCCGGAACGAAGACUAGGAAAUCCACUAAAAACAUUAAAGAGAAAGAAACAAUCAA